AUGGGUCGGAGGAGGAAAGUUCUAUCGAAGCCGACGGUGGUCUCCGAUGAGUCUACAGUGGAGGUUAUCUCGUCGAAUGUUGAAGCAACGGUUGAGACGAUUAAUGUGGAGGAAUUUCAUGAACCCUGUGCAGAGUUAGAGCUAGACCGUGGAGGUGAGGAGAUUGAUGAGGGGUAUUCAUUUCGUUCAUCAUCUCGAGCAGCGAACUGGGCAGAGGAGGUUGAGGGUAAUGACUUUCAGAACUUGGCUAAAGAAGUUUGGAGCAAAUUCAAGGCGAACCAGGUUCUCACUCCCUCGACUAGACUAGAUUUUGCUGAACCCAUGAAGGUUGGUGAUCAGGUUGUAGCUAGGCUGGAUCUGGAAGAGGUAGAGGUUGAGGCAUCAUUUUGGAGGAAUGCCAUUGUAUGUAUUGUUUUAGGUGCCAACCCUCAUUUUCGAGUUUUUGAGGGUUUCAUCAAACGAAUUUGGGGAAACCUGGGGAUAGAUAAGAUUGUGCGAAUGCACUCAGGCUUCACGCUGGUUAAUUUCAGGGAUGAGGCCACUCGAGACCUGAUUUUGGAAACAGGGGUUAUUCACUUUGACAGAAAACCUGUUGUUCUACGCCCUUGGACCACAGAUUUGGAUUCGGUUAGAAUGGUCAAAUCUGUCCCGGUUUGGAUUCGCUUGAAUGGAUUGGGAUUGCAAUAUUGGGGUAAGAAGAGCCUUAGUGCUCUGGUGAGUACUAUUGGUAAACCAAUUAUGGUGGACAAGGUGACUCAGAGCAGAGAUAUGGUUAAAUAUGCUCGGAUUUUGGUUGACAUGGAGAUUUCGGAUCAUCCGCCUAAGAGCAUUGCUUUUAUCAAUGAAAGAGGCCAGUUAGUUGAGCAAUUGGUUGAGUAUGAAUGGCUCCCAUCUAAGUGUGCGACUUGUGCUCAGUUAGGGCAUAUAGUGGCUGACUGUAAUAAGGGGAAAUGA